AUGGCGAUGACGGGGUUGCACGGUGAUGACGGGGUUGCGGGGAGGAAGGGGGAGAAGCAGCAGCGGGACGAUGGGGCGAUGGAUAAAGAGGGCGGGGACAUCAAGAUGGAUGAGCAAGCAGGAGCAGGCGAAAUCGCGAAGAAGUUCGUGGCCGUCUCGCUCAGCCGGGCCACCGACCGCCCCGACGAGGCCGCCCCGGCGCGGCGCCCCGGCCAGCAGGCCGGCGCCCCCGAGCCCGCGGCGGCCGCCAGAGCAGCGGCCCGCGGCGCGGCCGCGGCGGCCUCCGGGGACUCCGACGAGGACGACGACGAGGCCCGGAGGCCAAGCACAACACUUCGUGCCCCAGGUGAGCUGGUGGACAGCGCCGCGUCGGCGCGAAAUCGGACGCACGGCUCCGCCGUCGGACACGUCGCCCAGGGGUGGCCCGAUGACAUGCAGCAGGACGUGUUUGAGCACGCGCAUGGGCUGGCCCAGGGCGAGCAGCGUGCCCGCCGACAUCUUAAUGUACUUUCAACGCAAGUGGCCCUGCGGGAGUUGCUGCGAGGCCGAUCCCUGUACGGUGCGGGGGCGGCCAACGACUCACUGGCGCCCUUCCAGCAAGGCCGACUGUCGCUGCCAGAGUCCGUGGAGGGCCCCCCUCACAUUGGCGAUGUCUGCGGCAGGCGUGGCCACUACUUCCUGGAGCGGGAGGGCGAGCGCAUGCUUAAGCCAGUUGUCGAGGUCAUGGCCGAUCUCGAGCGCGAGGGCACUCGUUGCUACUGCGAGCCCGCCUUGGUGAUACACAGGACUGUGUACGUGACUUUUUUGAAGGACUUGAUGUCGACGCUUGACGGAGUGACCUCGGCCUUCAUGCAGAGGGGGCUGCCGGUGCACGAGCAGGCCGUGACGUCGGGCGUGUCCGAAGUGCUGGGCGUCGAGAUCGACGGGCAGCUGAUGCAGAACCGAGCCUCGGGGAAGCGGCGGCUGCGGGCGCGGCGGGCCAUCGCGGGGCUGCUGCAGCGCGGCCGAUCCCUCGAGCAGUUCGAUGGCCGCUGGCGGGCGCCCAGGCGCCUGAUGAAGUGCCGGUUGCUGACGGCGCCGUCGGCGGGCGAGCGCCCCGUGGGCGCGGCGGCCGUCGCCCGCGAGCGCGCGUUGGAGCCCUCCGCGAAGGCGGGCGAAGAGCAGAAGCCAAGGCGGCGUCGGCUGUUGCCUGGCGCUCCCCUGCCGGGAGGUUGGGCGACGACGGCCGCGCAGGCCCCGCCGGCAGCGUGGGAGACGCUCGUGGGGCACGGGCAGACGUUCCGCGCCACCCGAGCCGCCGGGCGGUGGCGCUUGGGCGCUGCGGCGUCGAGCAGCUCGAGCAGCACUGGCACCGCGUCCGCGGGCGCCGCGCCGCAGGCGGGAGGUCGGGACAUCCUGAGCGCGGGCGCGAGCCUCUUCGAGCAGAAGGCGGCGCAGCAGCAGACCCGCAAGCAGUGCCGGGCGGAAUUGGACCGCCGGCAGGAAUUCGCAAAUCUCGGAGACCCCCAGCUCGUGAGCGACGAGAAUGUGGAAGAAAUGCUAGUGCGCUACUUCGAGCGGGACUGCUUCCUGGGAGAACAGGCUCAUCGUGGGGCCAAGCUGCUCGCCGCGCUGAUGCAUGCGGAGCCGAGGUUUGGCCGGCGCGGCAGCCGCCGGGUGCCGCGAGCAAGGCGCGCCCUAAAGGGGUGGAGGCGGCUGGCUCCAGGACGGUCACGCUGGCCCGAGCCGCUCUGUCUGUGGGCGGGGGUGGUCAACGAGAUGAUGUCCCGAGGCGAGCCCGGCAUGGCGCUGUUCGUCUUGCUCUCAGUGAGUACCUACCUGAGGCAGAGCAGUUUGCUGGCCCUGGGGCCAGAGAGCUUCCCGGCGCCAAAGCGGCCCGACGGCCAUUGGAGCCGACUGGCGCACCCCGCGGAGCGCGGGUUGCCAGACAAUAUCGGGGAGUUCGACCACCCGAUGCUGCUGGGCAGCAGUUGGCUCCAGUUCAUAUCCCCUCUCCUGCUUACCUUGUCAAGGCAGGCGGAGGGGAAGGCGGUCUGGGGAUUCGCGUAUUACGACUAUCUGAAGGUGUUCACGAUGUGCGCGAAGUCCCUGGGCGUCAAUGUGGUUCCGUACCAGACCAGGCAUUCGGGGGCGUCGAUCGAUCGGGAGUCUCGAGCGAGAACAUUGGGCGAGGUCAAACAGAGAGGGGGCUGGAAAGCAGACAGCAUCGUGAUGAAAUACGAGAAGCACGCUCGGCUUCGUCACAGCGAGCUGCGCCACAACAGAGACCUCAGCGAGCAUCUCCAGGCACGCGAGCGACACUUAGAGGACAUUCUCCUGUGGGGCAAGGCGCUGGAGGCGAUGCUGGCGGCGGAGGCGGACACGGGCGAGGUCCUGUUCCACGACGACUUCGACCUGCUCGAGGGGCCCGGCGAGGGCGGCGGCCUCCGCGCGGGCGGCGCGCGGAAGGCGGCGGGCAAGAGGAGGCGCGCCGCGAGCGGCACCGCGGCGCCCCCGCGGCGCAAGAAGGCCGCCCGCCGCCGGCCGCCCGAGGCCGAGGCGGCAGACACACAAGGUUGCGGCGCUGGCCUGGAUCGUGGAGGAGGCGUGCCAAUAGCCCUCCGACCCGCGCGCCUCCCUGGCGGCAGCCGGCAGGCACACACGGCUGCGGUGCUGGUCAGGAUCAUAGGUGAGGCGCUGACAUGA